GACCUCGUUAGAUAAUUCAUGAGCCCAUAUGCUGUUUAUAUCACACUCGAUGACGGACGCUGCAUCCAAUGGCAGGACCGUUUGGGCUAACAUGGGCGUGUCUCUUAUGAAACGGGGCGUGGAUUUUGAAAACGCCAUGCUUCCUGGCGCACGCGGCACAGCUCAGCUCAUCAGGAGAGUUCGGGUAGCAGUUGGAGGUUUAGAUUAACAUUAAAGGAAUCAUGGUGAACCAGAGGUCUGAUGCGAACUGGCAGUCCUGUAAGAGCGACUCCAGCGGCACCAGUAACAGCGGCGAGAGCUCGAAAGAGAGUUCCAGAUGUUCCACACCCGUGCUGGACGCCGACCGCACUGACCGCCUGCGGGACAAGAUGAGGCGCAGGAUCGAGUCCGGGGACCGCUGGUUCUCGCUGGAGUUCUUCCCUCCUCGCACCACAUCUGGAGCUGUCAAUCUCAUCUCCAGAUUUGACCGGAUGGGUUCUGGUGGUCCUCUCUUCAUUGACGUCACCUGGCAUCCGGCUGGAGAUCCGGGCUCGGAUAAAGAAACCUCUUCCAUGAUGAUCGCGAGCACAGCGGUGAAUUACUGCGGCCUGGAGAGCGUCCUGCAUCUGACCUGCUGUAACCAGACCAAAGACAAGAUCACAGGCCAUCUCAACAAAGCCAAGCGCCUGGGCUUGAAGAACAUCAUGGCUCUCAGAGGAGAUCCCAUUGGAGAAGACUGGGUGGAGGAGGAGGGAGGUUUCAGUUACGCUACAGAUCUGGUCAAACACAUUCGCUGUGAAUUUGAUGAUUACUUUGACAUCUGCAUCGCAGGUUAUCCCACGGGUCAUCCGGAGGCAGAGAGCUAUGAAGUGGACCUCAGACAUCUGAAGGAGAAAGUGGACGCUGGUGCUCACUUCAUCGUCACUCAACUCUUCUUCAGAGCAGAAACCUUCCUCAAGUUUGUCAAAGACUGUCGGGCCAUUGGCAUCACCUGCCCUGUACUCCCGGGAAUCUUCCCUAUCCAGGGUUAUCACUCGCUGCGUCAGCUGGUCAAACUGUCUAAACUGGAAGUGCCGGAGGAGAUCACGCAGGUGAUCGAGCCCAUCAAAGAUAAUGACGCUGCCAUCCGCAGUUACGGCAUCCAUCAGGCGGUGGAGAUGUGUAAGAUUCUGCUGUCCAGCGGCGAGGUGCCCGGCCUUCACUUCUACACGCUCAACAGAGAGGUGGCCACUAUAGAAGUUCUCCGACUGUUGGGCUUAUGGGCUGAAGAUCCACGGCGUCCUCUCCCGUGGGCCAUCAGCGCUCAUCCCAAGCGUAAGGUGGAGGAUGUCAGGCCCAUCUUCUGGGCUUCCCGACCCAAGAGUUACAUCUACAGAACACAGGACUGGGACGAUUUCCCCAAUGGAAGAUGGGGGAACUCGGCCUCACCGGCGUUUGGAGAGCUGACGGACUAUUAUCUGUUCUACCUGAAGAGUAAAUCUCCUAAAGAAGCUCUGCUGCAGAUGUGGGGCGAGGAACUAAGCAGCGAGGAGAGCGUGUAUGAAGUCUUCACCAACUACAUCAGCGGCCAGGCCAACCGCAGCGGACACAAGGUGAUGUGUUUGCCGUGGAAUGAUGAUCCUCUGGCUCCAGAGACCAAUCUGCUGAAGGAUGAGCUGGAGAAGGUGAACCACAGAGGAGUUCUCACCAUUAACUCUCAACCCAACAUCAACGGCAAAGCCUCCUCUGAUCCCAUUGCGGGCUGGGGUCCGGCGGGGGGAUACGUCUUUCAGAAGGCGUACCUGGAGUUCUUCACAUCGAGUGAAAAUGUUACGGCUCUUCUGCAAGUUCUGAAGAAGUAUGAACCCCGUGUGAACUAUCAUAUAGUGAACGUGCAGGGCAGGAAUAUCACAAACGCUCCGGACAUGCAGCCCAGCGCUGUGACGUGGGGAAUAUUCCCGGGCCGUGAGAUCAUCCAGCCCACCGUGGUGGAUCCCGUCAGCUUCAUGUCCUGGAAGGACGAGGCCUUCGCGCUGUGGAUCGAACAGUGGGCGAAGCUGUACGAGGACGAAUCGCCCUCACGCAUGAUCAUUCAGUACAUCCAUGACAACUACUUCCUGGUGAAUCUGGUGGAUAACGACUUCCCGCUGGACAGCUGUCUGUGGCAGGUGAUUGAAGACAUGUUCCAGCUGCUGGACGCCCCUCCGGCACCUCCCGACGGCCCACUGUGACCUCACACAACACACAGGACUCUCUCUCAGGUUUCACUUCAACAUACAAGUGAAAAUAUGUUAAGAUCACAACAAUACAAGACUUCAAAUCCUGCUGCAGGAAAAUCAUUUGCCUUUAUCUUUCAAGGGACGAUGGAAUCUUAUAUUUUUAAUCUUAGAGUUUUAAAGUAUUUAUAGAGGAUCUUUUGAACACUACGUACGGUAUGACAGAUACAUGCCUCUCAGUGUUGGUGGUGUGUACAGGGAAAAAGUGUAUAUGUCAUAUUUUGUGUAAGUAUAUUUUUGCAGCUAAAGUCAAAUUCAAAUCGGAAUGAAUUACAAUAAAUAUUACUGUAUGAUACCACGGAAUGAUCGGCCUAUUAUCUAAUAUUUAUGUUUUGAAUGACCGUAAUGGGAAUUAGGUUGUUGGAUUGACAGCCAGUGAGAUGUCUGCAUGCUGGUUUUGGGAUUCAUCACAGAACACAUUGUAGUGAAUGACAGCUGGAUGUGAACGCUUUUCUUUGCUGGUGUUGUGUUUAUUUCCCGUCUGACAGAGCGUUUGUGUAUAAAACUCAAUAAACAACGCUCCCGUCCCAUGUGUAUCAACAUGAUCUGGGUUUUGUUUGCAUGUCGUGUUUUGAAGUUCACGUUUAUAUGUCAAAGUCCAGGUGACGGUUGAUGGUGAGGUUUUUAUCUUCUGCACACAUGAAACGUGAGGCGUGUUGGAUGAAAGCCAACAGCCGUCUGAUCUCUGCAGUUAAAUAUAGACCGUCAUUCAUUCACGCGUACAGGCAAAAGUUGAUUUAAAUGAGUAGCGGUUGGUGUAUUUUUAGAGUAGCUCCUGAAGGAGCGGGUGUGUUUUAGGUGUAGCUUGUAUUGAACUUUGUUAAAGCCGUGUGGAGUGUGUUCUUUCAGGUACUGGUGGCAGUUUUUGGCAUUGAGCGGCGCUCUGUAUUGUGACCGGACUCGUGCUAUAGUCUCUAUAGGAGGUGUUACAUAACCAGUGAACCUCACCAACACCUGUCAGCUCUCAGGUGAUCUGUUUAAAGGGCACCUGUUAUGGCCCUCUUAACAAGAUGUAAUAGAAGUCUCAGGGGCCACAGAGUGACACCACACACCACACUGAAAAUACACCAGACAUGAUUUAUUAUGUGGAAGCAUAUUGGUAGCAGUUAUCAAAUUGAAAUGCAAUUUGCAAAAUGGCAAUGCAGUACGUAAAAUGACAAUGCAUUUAUGUCUUUAAAUAUACAUUUAAAAUAACAUAUCUGCAACAUUAGGUGCAAAAUGAAAAUGAAAAUUCAAUAACACAAUUGACAUUUGUCCGUUUCUACACUACUUUUAAUAUGUAUUUUGAAAUGCAUAUUUUAACGCUCUUUAAGUUGCUAAAUUAAAAUGAAAAUGCAUUCCCCGGAUUGAGUAUAUGUGUUUAAGAUAGCCAAGCAAAACUGUUGAAAAAUGAUCAUUCAAAUGUUAUUCUCCCUAAAUGCAUUAACAUUCACGGGUUGAACAUGUUUGGAUUACAUUUUCAUUACACAGCGCGCCGAGUGUUGCAAAAUUCUAUGUGGACUUGAGAAUGCAUUUCGAGCUGGCCACGCCCCCUCCCCGUUACAGCGUCAUUGUGUGAAGGCGGAGCUCGUGUACGUGCCUUGAUGUGAGGCUGCAGACAGCUGAUAAAAGCAAUCAAUCGCGUGCACACGAAUUAGAGCACAAAGACAGAAAUGGCUUAAGUGUUUCUUAAGAUUAUUAGGUGUCUGUAGACGAUAGAACUAGUAGCUACAUUGUUAGAACAUCUCGCAGAAAAUUCUUAUAGCCUUAUUAGGUGGUGAGCUCGCUAUGCUGAGUGUCUCAUGUAGACUUUCUCAUACGCGUGCAGACGCGUUUUCAUCAUGAACACAUUCAGUAUUUUGAGUGUUGUUUAGUCACAAUAUCUUCACACAAUCAUUCAGAAAUGUUCGUUUUGUGAGACUGUACAGCCCAAACACGACCCAUCCAUGUGGAAAAAUUAACCUUGGUUUCUAAUUCAUCCGGAUGCUGCAGUUUGGGCUGUGACAGAUCCACAGCCGGCUGCAGAGAUGAUAAAAGUGUUGAAAUUGCAUUUCAAUUUGAUAAUUGCUACCAAUAUGCUUCCAUAUUAUUAUCUCGUUCUCUAAAUGUUGGCGUGUCUCUUUAAAUGCAAAUGAGCUGCUGGUCUCUGCUCCUUUCCGGCAGAGUGCACAGAGCCGUGAGCUCGAGCUUCUAGUAAAAAACUGAACAAUGGCUAAAUGACGUCACAUAUUGUGUUAUGUCUUUAAAAAGCGGACACAACAUCAGCGGCGCUCCAGCCGUAACACAGAGCAAAAUGACAUUACAUUCAUCAGAAAUCAUCAUUAAUGUACAGUACAUACUGACAUUAAAGGAAUCAUAUUGCACGGCUAAAAGGAAUAUUAUGGUUUGUUUUAGAUGUAACGCAAUUGUGUAUACACCAUUUAAAGAUUAAAAAACGUUGUAUUUUCCAUAUACCGUGCAUGUUUGUAUCUCCUCUUUGCCCCGCCUCUCUGAAACGCGCUGAUUUUUUACAAAGCUCAUGGCUCUGAAAUGCAAGGUGUGCUAUGAUUGGCCAGUUCACCAGUGUGUAGUGAUUGGUCAAAUACUGCAAGCGUUUCACGGAAAUGUAACGCCUCUUACCAUAUUCGGAACAUCAGGUUCCAAAGCAAUUGUACUGACAGGAGAUAAAAUGAGAUUUACAAAUACGCCCACCUUAACUACGUGUAGAUUUGGGCGGUC